AUGCUCGUGCUAUUCCCCGACGACGAGGAUCACGACCCCCACUUCUCGAUCGCCAACGCCUCCGUCGAGCGCUUCGCGGUGUCUGCGGCCCCGAACGCCACCGCCGCCGCCUUCUCCUACGACAUCCGCGCAGCCGUCAAGCUGUACAACUCCUACGGCGACAUCACGUAUGACCUCCUGGCAGCCAACUUCUACUUCAACGGCACGCAGUUCGCGGGGCGGACGAUCGCGCCGUUCGACCAGGGCCUCGGGGAGACCGCCGUGCUGCAUGCAGACGUCGCGGGCAGCGUCGCAGAGAGGGGUAGUCUGGCGUUGGUCGACGAGUUCGAGAGGGGCAGCCGGACGGGGGACCUCGACCUGGAGCUGCGGCUCGACAGUCUUUACCAUUCUUCUUUUGGGAAUCCGAAGGUGAAGGCUGUGCGAUGCCCGCUCGCCGUGCGGUUGGUGUCCGCCGUCGACACGAUAGAGUGCGAAGUGACGAAGGGCGAAGUGGCCGCGAAGGGCGAGGCCGAGAGUCGCAGAUAUAUGAAUUAAAUUUCUUCAUUCUGUACAAAUAAUCGACUGACUGAUCUGAAGUUGCACGUCGUUGUUCUUCACAUCAAACUCGAUCUAUUCAAUUUUUUUUUAUUAUUAUUAGA